CAGAGGAGGAGACAUCGGAGCAGGAGGAGGAUGAUGAAGAUGAGAAGAAAAGAGGAGAAACAGGAGGCGACCGCUGCUCCAACAGAAGUUGGUGACUAAGUCCGGAAGUGGCGGUGGGUGGGACUUAGCCGGCUGAGCCACUGUCUGAUUGGUUGGUGGUGAUGAUCGCUACCGGCGGCCUUCUGCGGAUCAACGCACGGCGACAGGACUCACUGAGGUCCAAAACACAGAAAGCACACACGCACAAGAGGAAGACCAAGAAGAAGAGAAGGAACGAGGUAGUGGUGGUGAAGGGGAAGCUGAAGCUGUUUUCGGUCUCGGGGCUCAUGGCGGCGCUAGGCAUCCUGGUCCUGCUGGUGGGUGUGGUCAUGGCAGCUCUGGGCUACUGGCCUCGAGACGGGCUGUUCUUCAGCGCUCGGCCGCAGGAGGGCGCCACCAUGGCCUCGGUGUCGUCCAGCGGCGCCACACCUCCGCCCACUGACGCCCAGGGAGGAGAGAGAGGGGAGGAACCCCGAGGAGGUGAGGCAGACGACAGCCGGGGUGGGGAGGAACGAGAGGGAGGAGGAGCAGAUGGAGGAGGAGACGAUAAUGGUUUUAACAGCACAGAAACUUCUAACGGGACGACUGUGCAGCUUCCACAAGGCUUUCUGGAGGAAUUUCUGGACAGGUAUCUGUACUCUGACAGGCUCAAGGUCUUCGGUCCUCUCAUCAUGGGCAUUGGGAUUUUCCUCUUCAUCUGUGCGAACGCCGUCCUGCAUGAGAACCGGGACAAAAAGACCAAAGUCAUCAACCUGAGGGACAUAUACUCUACCGUCAUCGACCUGCACAGCCUCCGGAAACCCCACAGCUCCUCCGCCCGCUGCACCUCCGCCAACCCCCUCAACGGCCUCGUUAACUACGUCCAGUCAAAGAGCCUGGAGGCCAAACCGAGGGCGUACCCCGCCUCCCUGCUUAGCCGGAGGGAGGGAGGGGAGGGAGGAGGAGGGGGGGCGGUAUCCGGCAUCAGAGCAGGAGGAGCAGGAGGAGAAGGAGGAGGUGAUGGAGACAGAGGAGAUGCAGUGUUCAGUAUCUAUCAAGAGGCGCCUGACGCUCCUCCUCCUCCCUCCUCCCACAGACUCUCCCUCCCCCCCAGCUCCCGCCCCCCCCUCCUCCCCACCUGUUGGACCUCCAAGCAGAAGGAGGCGCUCAGCUCCUUCACCUUGCCCCGUCCCCACCCGCGGCCCUCCUCCCCCCGCAGGAGGCACUCGGCUCGAGCGGGGAUGGGCCAGGGACGGGUGGGGGGCACAGGAGGAGAGGAGGAGCAGAGGAGCAAGGUGGGAGGCCAUAGACAGGAGGAGGACAAAGUGCGUCUCCCUCCCCUCUUGGGCUCCUCUACCCAGCGCCCAUCAGCAGCCUCCUGCAGCUCCUUCAGUCUCCACCGGGAGGCCCUGCUCCUCCUCUCCUCCUCCUCCCUCACCCCCUCACACUUGUCCCUGUCCUCUCUGUCCCAUCUCCUGUCCUCCUCCUCCUCCACGCCCGCCCCCUCUUGCAGGAGGCGGAGCCUGCCAACAGGCAGCAUGGCAGGUUAUAGUAAACUGACACAUGGUGAGGACGAAUCCUUCGAGUCCACUGAGAUGACAUCAUCAUUUCAUGUCACAACUCAGGGCGGGGGUCAGAGGUCAGGGGAAGUGACAUCACACAGGAAGUACUCCAACAGGGAGAAGCUGAGAAUGAUCUCACAGGUGGACUGUGGUCUGAGGCAGGAGGAGGCGGGGCUACCCAUCAGUGACUGACAGCACAAUGAGUCAUGUGACUUUUUAAUGACAUCAUGUUGAUGACAACGUUCACAUUGGUUCCGAUGGUGAUAACAUUGUUCACGUUGACUCUGAAGGUGAUGACAUUGUUAU